AUGGGUUGCGGUGUGUCAAAAACCCCUGUGCCGAUGAUAGGCAAUGCCAGUGCAUUCUAUUGGGCCUGUCGAAAUGGUGACAUUCAAACAGUUCGUCAAAUGCUGCCAACUAUGUCAACGGAUGAAAUAAGUCGUCUCGAACCAAAUGGUAGCACGGCACUUCAUGCAGCUUGUUAUUUCAAUCGUGUUGAAAUGGUUCGUCUACUUCUUCAGUCCGGAUGUGAUCGAACUGUGCUCAAUCGUCAUGGUUUAUCGGCCUACAGGGAAGCUCAGACAGAAGAAAUUCGACGAUUAUUUCUUAGACCAGAUAGCGAUCAAUUCCGUUUCAUGGAUCAGGAUGUCGGUGGCUUGUUUACAUUGGUCUCGGCAAGAUCUGGAGAAGGCGAUUCUGGCAAGAUACCGAAUAAUUUCGUAAGAGGUUACAGUAGCAUUGAGGGUACGACAGAUGCACAGCUUGUCGCUGCUGCCUAUAAAUCAAAAUUAAAAUUUGUAGUCCAAGGAAAAACGGAAAUGGACAGCAGUGAAAAGCUUAAACUGAUCAUAGAGAAAUGUGUGUGGUCCAUAAAUCAUCCGGAAGCAAAACGUGUUAAAGAACUUUUCACUAAAUUUUGGAAUCCUUCGAAAAACCGUGCAAAUGUAGAUCAUCUGAUCACUAUGUACACAAUGGAAACACCAUUUUACGGCGCUUUGCGAGACGAUAAUGCCGCCUUCACUUCGAUGAUGUAUCUACAUCUGGACGAAUAUCGAGAAAGAGCCUUUAAGGGUCGAUCCUAUCGAGGUGCUGCUAUGACCGACGACGAUAUCGCUGCCCAUCGGUGGGCUCUGCAAAAUCCAGGAAGUAUAAUCGAAACUUGUACCGUACAAUCGAUGUCAAGUAGGCAAGAGAUUGCUGAAGAUUUUGCUACUAGGUAUGCUUCGCCAAUUAAGCACAAAGUUUUGGUCGUAUUUGAUUUUCCCGAAAUAUGUCCUACGGCAAUUGCUCUUUCACAAAUUUCCGAUAAGAUCAAAGGUUUGUCGCAAUUUGACUAUGAAGCUGAGAUACUCCUGUUACCGUUCACAUUAUUCGAAGUGCAAGAUAUAAAGGUGAAUGCACAAGGAAAAUGGUACCAUAUUUUCUUGAAAAACGUUCCAGUACCUGAGAAAUCUCUCUUUUCAGCCUGGAGAAAUAGUUAA